AUGGGGGACAAGAUGGAUAUGUCCCUGGACGAUAUCAUCAAGAUGAACCGCAGCCAAAGGCCGGCGAGCCGGGGUCGGGGAGGACGAGGGGCCCGCGGGGGAGUCGGCGGAGGCCGCGUGGUCGGCGGAGGCCGGGGAGGAGGAGGAGGUGGUGGCGGAGGCCCGGUCAGAACGAGGCCCAUGCUGAACCGAGGCGGGAGGAACCGGCCGGCCCCAUACAUCCGGCCCAAGCAGCUUCCAGACAAGUGGCAGCACGACCUGUUUGACAGCGGAUUCGGUGGUGGCGCUGGAGUGGAGACUGGGGGAAAACUGUUGGUGUCCAAUCUGGACUUCGGGGUUUCAGAUGCAGAUAUCCAGGAACUGUUUGCAGAAUUUGGUACACUGAAGAAAGCAGCUGUACACUAUGACAGGUCCGGCAGGAGCUUAGGAACGGCUGAUGUGCACUUUGAAAGAAAAGCCGAUGCACUAAAAGCAAUGAAGCAGUAUAACGGGGUGCCACUUGACGGUCGCCCCAUGAACAUCCAGUUGGUCACAUCACAGAUAGAAUCACAGAGGAGACCUAUACAGACAUCUGCUAGAGGUGGCAUGACGAGGCCACGAGGUGGUGCUGUUGGUUUUGGUGCUGGUGGCGGCAACAGGAGAGGUGGCAGAGGAGGGAACCGGGGUCGUGGACGGGGUGCAGGAAGAAACACAAAGCAGCAAUUAUCGGCAGAGGAGCUGGAUGCACAGCUUGAUGCCUACAAUGCUCGAAUGGAUACAAGUUAA